UGGUGAACACACCUCUUUAGCCGGCAUGAGCCGGAAGUGCACCGAUGAACUGUCCCCGGAGGAGGGGAUGGAGGUGGACUAUCAGCCAGAGGAUCUGCCCAUGUCCUCCUUUGACGAGCGCUGUGUUGAACAUGGUGUUAAAGACAUGAGGCUGGAGGCAGAAGCUAUAGUCAGCGACGUGCUGUUCGCUGUAAACAACAUGUUCGUGUCUAAAACUCUCAGCAAUGGCCUGGACUUGGCUUUUAUCAACGUAGAGACGAGAGAAGGAAAGCGCUACUGCUUGGAGCUCAGUGAAGCAGGGCUCAGGGUGGUGGGAAACACCUUUGACCAGGUGGAUGCAGGUCUGAGUGCUCAGUAUCAUGAGACUGUUUACUCCCUCCUGGACUCUCUGAGCCCGGCCUACAGGGAAGCUUUUGGAAAUGCCCUGCUCCAGCGACUCGAGAGGCUUAAACAAAAUGGACAGUGAAAAGUCCAGCCUGAACCCAGAACUUGCUUCCAAAACAUCCUUGCUAGCUAGUGUUCACGCUGCACAUCUGUUCAACAGCUAGCUUCAAGCCUCAGUGGCACCCUUUUCCUAUCCAAAACACCUUCCUGGCUUAUUUUAGUUAUGCUCUUGAUUUUACAGACUAUUCUAAUUAGCUUCACAGUUAAUGGCAAUGUUUUUAUUGUGUUUUAUGGUAUGGCAGGGAGAAAAAACCAGAGGGUGUUUGUAUGAUUUUGAGCAGUGUAAGGUGUACAAAAUACUGAAAUGACUUUUGCACAUGACCAACUAAUAACAAAAUUUGUUAACCACUUGGUCAGCCAAUAUUGUGACUAGAAACAAAAGCCAGCUCUGUGCUGUUUUACCAUAUAAAGCUUUACUAUUUUGACUAAAAACUGGACCUGAAAAGCUGCUUGUUUUUUAAAAAAAAAAAAAACUGGUUGGUUUCUACGAUGCCUUAUUGUGAUGGUCUGGAAUGUUGCGUCCAAUGUGAAGUUUCCUUACAAUAUAACUUUUAGUUUGGAAAUGUGACUCAUCUUGUGUAUGUUUUCCUUUUACUCUAUUGCAUUGCUUUCUUUAGUAUUUAAACAGUUGUGAUUUGUGCAGACAUGGUGUUAUUUUACCUAAUGUGUUCUUUAUUUAAAGAAAAAUCAAAGCAAUUGAGUUUAGGCUCUAAAACAGAAUACAUAUAAUCUAAAAUGUCUGCUUAAAAAUGAGUGUUUGUGGGAUGUAAAGCAUUGAUUCCCAGUUCAUAUUAGACUUAGUGUUUUAUCAGCAGACUCUUAGCAUUGAGUGUAUAAUUUUAAACAGCACAAUAACUUUAAACUUAUUUUCUUCUCCAAGUGUUGCAUAAAAUCCCAGUAGAGGAAACAGUUAUUACAGUAUUUACAUGCAUUCCCUUAAUUGUUUCAUUCAUAGUUUGAAGGAACAGCACUGUGCAUCUGAGGAAACUGUUGACAUUUUCUAAUAUUUAGGCUUUUUGCUUGAAGCAGAUUUUGCUGCUUUGUGGAAAUGUGGCCAAUCAUCAGGACUGUACUUUUCAUUAGCACACAUUUUCUGCAAAGCCCAAAAAGUCUUGAACCUCAAACCCAUUCACCAAGUGCUGGAAGGUUAUUCAGAAACCCUAGGCAAAAAAUAAUAUUUGUGCAUGUGUGUAAGAGUCUGGACUGACACUCUCAAUUUAAUAAAAGCACACAAUUA